UUCCCUCUCUCUCUCUCUCCUUCACAAUCUUCCUCGUCUAAGCAUCCCCAAAAUAUUUCUGUUUUAGUGGACUGAGACAGAGAUAUAGACAGAAAAUCGUACGAAAACAUCCCAAAAGCUAAGCGACCAGCUUCGUAACCAGAAGACCCCUAUCUUAAGGACCUAUACCCCAGUCUUUAAUAAAUGAAUUACUGAGGAGGUCAUAUUCUUGUAUGGAUGUGUUGUGACUUGUGAGAGAGAGAGAGAGGAAGGAAGAAAUGAAUGAGGAGAUGAUGAUGAGGAGUGCGAGCGACAAGGAGAGGACGAAGAUGAGAGAGCGGCAGCGAAGAUCCAUCACAACCAAGAUCUUCCACGGCCUUCGCAAGCACGGUGGCUACAAUCUUCCCCCUCGCUCCGACAUCAACGAUGUACUUCGCGAGCUCGCUCGCGAGGCUGGUUGGGUGGUCGAACCGGACGGCACUACUUACCGUGCUCCCUCCUGGCUCAACCACCACCACCACAACAACAAGUCUUCCUCCUCCACCACCACCACCACCACCACCACUUCCGCUCACAAUGUGGCGGUCGAGCACGUGCCUCAUUAUCACAGCUACUGCCUCGCCGGAAAAAAUAGCAAAACCCCUACUCCUACGAGUAGUUUUGGUGGUGGUGGUGAAUGCUCCACCACUGCUUCUCCUCGCAAGGUGGCCGUAUUUGAUACUAUGCCGCAGACUGUGGGUUCUGUUCGUAGUGCUGGGCCCAACUCGCUCUACUUGGGUGCUGGUGCCUGUGCUUCAUCUUACCAUCGGUUCACGGCAGCUGAUCCUGACUUACCAGUUUCUCUCUACUGUGGUAUUGGCUUCCCCUCUAAUGGGAUCCUCAAUGGGUCGGCACAACUCUCCGCUGCUACCGGUGAUGCAGCUGCCUUCAGCACUGGGAUGGCCACGAUGCUGGCACGUCAGCAACUCCACUUUACUGAGUCUAGAGCUUCUAGUGAGAACUCGCCCGUCGCUUCUCCUCAUCGCGGACCCCACUGAAUCGCAUCCCUCACCCGGGAGUGGGGAAUGGAAACACCACCGGCGGAUACUAGUUCUGUCCUUUCUCUUUUUUUGAGCCGUUGGAUAAGUUUUAUGUCCACGCCGUCUUCACGGUACCGCAUGACGAGCGGGUCGAUCUUAGCCACGUGGAGUGAAAUUUUCUAACUUCAAUUUUUGUACCUAGAGCUGGAGAUGGAAAAUUUAUUAGGUGGAGGGUAAUAUUGUAAAGGCAUAUUUUGCAUGUCUUUAGUAAUUUUAGUGAUGUUUUAAACUUUAAAGGAAUAUUAAUUAACAUUUCCGGCACCAAGGGUGUUCUCGUAAUUUAAGUAAAAGCCAAAUCCAACACCGUGAGCAAAGCUUAACGUUCUGCUGCUCACGCGACACACCACUAGAGAUGCAGGAGCCCUUGCCGUCCUUCACUCGUUCCCUUUGUUAAUGCCCACAAAAAAUAAAAAACCCAGUUUCGCAUGGGUAGAUGACCCGGAGAAACGAAGGGUGGCCUCUACACUACGGACCCGGUUUCUGUGCAUUCCACAGCUGGGAGUCCCUUGAGGGUGCUCUGUGUCACAUCAGACAUGCACACAUGUGACCCAACACACGUGUGCACAUCCCCAAAGAGCUCCUAACCGUCAAACGUGUACUUGAUGGCCCGCUGCAGCAAAGAAGAUCUGAUUACCUACACCACGCUGUAAGUUAGAAUUCACAUAUAAGCACUUACAAAACUUACAGCACAGCAAGAGACAACAGAGGGAGUGACAAGCUGACGAAGUUCUACGCUCAAGUAACCCUGGUUCUUACCUUCCUC